UAACUAUUAAAAAUGUUUGUAUGUGACACAUGAAAAACAAAAAAAAGUGUUUAGAAAGUGCAAAUAUCUGCCCAUGGUUAAUGAGUGAUCAUAGAAUCCUCAAAAUCCAACAGUUUCUUUACAUCUUACAUCCACCAAAAGUUUCAUCAAAUUCAUCCACUACUUUUUGAGUUAUGCUGCUCACAAUUAAAUCAAAGAAACAUAUGAAGAACCUAAAAGCCUAACCUAAAAUAAAGAACCAGUGUAUGACACUGUAUGACCUGCUUUCUCCUUUAAAUAUACACUUAUCCUUGUCAAUCAGCAUGCAGCAGCUCAUUGUGGUGUUUAAUGUUGUAAGCUUUGUUAUUUUUUAACAGUUAAUUGGUGUUAUCUUCACAUGUGGAAAACACAUUAUACUAUAUCAAUUACACAAAUACUACACUGAAGAAUAUAUAGUCAUUUGCAAUUGAGUAGUGAGUUUAUAGUGAAUUGCUUACUUGAACUAAUCAUUUCAAACAUUGUCAAAUACACGGCCUAACAAUAUCAAGAAAAUUAAAGUAUUUAAAAAAACUACACAUACAGUGAUCAAUGCAGUUCUUUUGCUGUAUUAUGUAUCAGUGUUAAAGCUCUUUUGUUCAUUGAUUCAUAAUUCACUGUAUAACACAUCAGUAAAUAAACCCAAAUGUCUGUUUCUAAUCAUUUUUUCCUGUCAUGGUCAUGAAUGUGGUCCUAGUGGUGAAGGACCAGAGUUUCAUCAGACAUGUCGGUGAGGGAGUCGUUUAACCCAGAAAGCUAUGAGCUGGACAAGAACUUCAGACUCACACGCUUCGCUGAACUCAAGGGCACAGGCUGCAAGGUGCCACAAGAUGUAUUACAGAAGCUGCUAGAAUCUUUACAGGAGAACCACUAUCAAGAGGAUGAACAGUUCCUGGGGGCAGUUAUGCCCCGGUUAGGCAUAGGUAUGGACACCUGUGUGAUCCCCCUCAGACAUGGAGGCCUUUCUCUGGUGCAGACUACAGAUUACAUCUACCCCAUUGUGGAUGACCCGUACAUGAUGGGAAGAAUUGCUUGUGCCAAUGUUCUAAGUGACCUAUAUGCCAUGGGAGUGACGGAGUGUGACAACAUGCUGAUGCUCUUGGGAGUCAGCAACAAAAUGUCAGAGAAGGAGAGGGACAAAGUCAUUCCAAUGGUCAUCCAGGGAUUCAAGGACGCAGCAGAGGAGGCGGGCACGUCUGUAACAGGAGGACAAACGGUGCUCAAUCCCUGGGUGGUGAUGGGUGGAGUUGCUACGACAGUCUGCCAGCCCAACGAAUUUAUCAUGCCAGACAAUGCAGUGCCCGGAGACGUGUUGGUAUUGACUAAGCCUCUGGGAACACAAGUUGCUGUAGCUGUACACCAAUGGUUAGAUAUUCCUGACAAGUGGAACAAAAUAAAAUUAGUGGUAACCCAGGAAGACGUCGAGCUGGCCUACCACGAAGCCAUGAUGAACAUGGCACGACUCAACAGGACAGCGGCCGGCCUCAUGCACACCUUCAACGCCCACGCAGCCACUGACAUCACAGGGUUCGGGAUCCUCGGCCACGCGCAGACGUUGGCGAAACAGCAGCGGAGCGAAGUGUCAUUUGUCAUCCACAAUCUCCCGGUCCUCGCCAAAAUGGCCGCCGUGUCCAAAGCCUGUGGCAACAUGUUUGGUCUCAUGCACGGCACCUGCCCAGAAACAUCAGGAGGCCUGCUCAUCUGUCUGCCACGGGAGCAGGCCGCGCGCUUCUGCGCCGAGAUCAAAUCUCCGAAGUACGGAGAGGGCCACCAAGCGUGGAUUAUCGGGAUUGUAGAAAAGGGAAACCGCAUGGCCCGCAUCAUCGACAAACCUCGGAUCAUUGAGGUGGCGCCGCAAGCUGCCACGCAGAACGUCAACCCGACCCCCGGUGCAACUUCUUAAUCCACCUUUGCUGAAUCACAGACCAGAAACCCUGAAAGCUCUGUUGAGUGAUUUUUAGACACAUAAACUACAAAAACCAUCCUAGAGUGUUGAAAUAUAUACACACACACACAAUAGUAUGUACACAGAAAAGACUGGGCUGGUGCUUCUACAUGGAAACCAGUGCAGCAACACAGUGGCUCGGAGGAGUAUGUCGCCACCCAGUGGACUCAACCUCAACUACACCCUCGAUAAAAAAAAUAUUGGUAAGAAAUAAGAGUGUACUUAAAAUCCAUAUGCCUUUUGUGUCUGUUGUAUUCUGUGAAAUGUGCUUGGAUGAAAGGCAGCUUGAUGAAGACAAUAAUAAUCCACAACGACACAUCAUGGCCAUUUUAUGACAAUAAUCUGAUGCUUUUGAUUCAUUUCGAAUCACAGGAAGUCUGGAGUCUGUCGCCUCUUUGCUCUUUGCUCUCAUCAAGCGACAUCAAGGUGGUGUGAUGUGUUUCUGUUUGUCCGUUCACUUUGUACAGUCAUAAAAAGCCUAGUUUUUAGUUCAUUGCUGUAACUGAUGCCUUGAAGGAGUUUGACCAGAAUGUUAAUUUCUUUCUUUUUUUUGUUUUUUUUUUAUUUCUUUGACUUUUUUUUGUAUUGUCCCCACACAAACUAAUAAAUAUUCAAAUAGAAGACGGUUUGUUUGAGCUGCAGCCACAAGCACGUACAUCAAUCUGUCACGAAGCUUCCAGCUCAAUAUGUUUAUUUUUGUUUAUCCUCAUCAUUGGAACAUAACUGUGCAUGUUCAAAUGGAAAUCAGAGCCCAUCUCUUAAAAUAAACUCCUUAUGAUAUA